AGUCUUAUUCUCAUCAACAAUUUGAAGAAGAAAAAAAGAGAAUAUUUUUUGUAUUAAUUUGAGUAAAGAAAAAUGUCAACUACAAUUGAAAUUGGUGGUGAAUCAAGUGCUGUUGCUAAGGGCAAAGCACCUUUAAUUGGAGUUUCUAAUUAUACUAGUAGUUAUGAGAAAAAAGGAGGCUAUAAGAAAGGGAUUGCUAUUUUUGACUUUAUUAUGAGACUUGGUGGUGUCAUUUCUGCUCUUAGUGCUGCUGCUAUUGUGGGAACUAGUGAUGAAACUCUCCCCUUUUUCACUCAGUUCUUUCAAUUUGAAGCUGGUUAUGAUGAUUUUCCUACUUUCCAGUUCUUUGUGAUAGCAAUGGGACUAGUUGCGGGGUAUUUGGUCCUUUCACUUCCAUUUUCAGUUGUAGGCAUAAUUCGCCCUCAUGCUCUUGGAAUCAGACUCUUCCUCCUUAUUUCCGACACUAUUGCACUGACACUAAACACCGCCGCGGGUGCUGCGGCGGCUGCCGUAGUGUACUUAGCACACAACGGGAACCAAAGUGCAAACUGGCUGGCUGUGUGCCAACAGUUCGGUGAUUUUUGCCAGAAUGUGAGCGGCGGUGUGGUGGCUUCAUUUGCUUCGGUGGUUGUGUUUGUGGUGUUAGUUGUUGUGUCUGCGGUGGCUCUUCGAAAGCAGUAAUUUAUGAAGAAUUUGAGCAAGAAACUAAAUCCUUAAUCGUUUUUGGUUUCUUUGAUUUGUUGUUUGCUUUUGUUUGGUUUGGUUGAAGAUGUAUUUAUUGUUAUCAUUCACUUGUAUUAUUAUUUGGAAGAAAAUUGAAAUGAAAAUCUUUUAUGUUGAA